GAACAGAGUCAUUUCCGCUUGCAGUUGGCUGCUGAAUUUCGCUGCCUUAACUGUAAACUUCCCUUAGAGUCCAGACACAGUUAGUUAUUGACAGACAACAGCUAGUUAUCCGUUAAGUGGUCUCGUAUUAACGAGUUCACGUUGUACGCUGACAGCCACUAUGUCUCGUCGGCACGAAUCUCUUCCUUUUCCUGAGAAAGGUGCGCCAAGCAGAGCAGCGUCGUUGACCUUCAAAGCGCAUGGCGACAACAGUCAGUUCAGCGUUCAAGUUUUUGGAGCACUUAGAGGAGCACUGUUUGCCACAGUCGGAUCCGUACCUUCUCCAAAGUACCACAGUAUCGGAUUGAAGUUUCCUCUCUCUUUCGCGUUAAGUACUCCCUACGCCGUUUACCUCUUCUUACAUCAUGGUGUCUGCUUUCUGUCCGGACAGCGAUAUUGGUAUAACAAGAAACCAGGGAAGUUUAUAUUCCCCCUCUUUCCCCGAUUCGUCCUCGCUCAUUCAUACUCCAAGUCCUGUAACUUGGGUAGCCCGCCGGCGGGUUCGCAUUGCGGCAACAUUUAUGGCGAAAUUGUUUCUAACAAAUGUGGAACUAACUCUUCCAACAAUGAGGACGAUGGUGGACCGUGUGGAGGAGGUUAUAAGGGAGGAGCAUCCGUGACCUGUACUGGAAAUCAGAUGCCUAUUGCAGCGUCCACGCCUGAUGAAAAACGCUGGGCUUGCCGACCGGGCGAUGGAGAUUGAACGAGCGCACUAUUUGGUUUUGGCUCCGUUUUCGCCUGUUGUUCGCCUGUAGUCUGAAGUUCGGUGGAGAAUAUCGUAGUUCAGUCUACGAACCUCUCACAUUUUUCGCGCCGUGUAUCGUACCAUGGACUUGCGAAUAAGGUUCUUUGUACUACAGU